AAUGGGAUAGGGAGUGAUUGAAUAUGUCCGUAAACACACCAGCCAGCUGGUCUGUGCAUGGUCUGAGGACGCGGCUAGGGAUGCCGUCUGGGCUGCAGCCUUGCAAGGAUUAACACAUUUAAAUGUCUUACUCAUGUCGGCCACGGAGAAGGAGAGCCCACAGUCCUUGGUAGUGGGCGACGUCGGUGGCACUGUAUUAUCCUCAAAGCGGGCAAAGAAGGUGUUUAGUUAGUCUGGAAGCAAGACGUCUGUGUCUGUGAUGUGCCUGGUUUCUUUUUGUAGUCCGUGAUUGUCUGUAGACCCUGCCACAUUCGUCCACAUACACCUGUUGUAUUCAGUGCAUGUGACAAAUGAAAAUUGAUUUGAUUUAACUAUUUGAGCCUUACGGAUUUGGGUUGUUGUGGAUGACUGUUCACAAAUCUAAAUGUGCAUUUGAAUCCAAUAAUGGUUGAAUUCAAGAAGUUUAAGCUGCCUAUCAAUCAUAGUUUUUGAAACCAGUGGACAGCCAGUGAAAUAUGCGCUCUUGCAACAAAUGCAUAGUGCGGAUCCCAGCAUAUAGAAUAAAAGUGAGGCUUUUAUUGGUUACAUUUCUCCAGGCCCAUCCCUCAGCUUUUUACUAAACCAGGCGGGGCGACCGUUUUGUUAUUGUUUCAUCUGUAGAUUUGCCACUUAAACAGCUGCCCGGAAGAUAUCAAAGUGUCACCAACAAAAAGGUCAACAAUAGGCCUAUAGCAAAUACAGCACAUGGCAUUAAUUUUUCACAUGUAAAUAUCACUUUUCAGUAGUGCUCAAAGCAUGCCAUUCCAUGAGCACAGCAUUUAUUUUUCAACUCGAAUCAAUGAGCCCAAUCUGUCCUCCAUGACAACAAAAUCAUAAACAACAGAGUAGGGCUGGCUAAUAAGUCCUUAGUUUUCUGGUUAUGCUCAGGUAAAACAAUUUGGCUAAUCUAUACUUUCAUAUUUCCAAGUCCUAUUCUUGAAGAUCAAGGGGUGUCAUAUUUAUUGGAAUGACUGGAAUUCUGAUAGACUUUUGUUUUUAAUGUAAAAUUACAAUUUAAUCGUAUUAUUAAAUGUAGUAAAAAGCGAUGGGUUAGAAGAAGCCUACAUAACCAUAAAGUAAAAUAUAACAUCCAUAUACUGCCAGCUAUGUAAACUUUAACAUAGAUUUAUCCUGCAGUAGAUGUCGUUCAAUUGGUAACAUGCAUUGCUGUUGUCACGUCCUGACCUUAGUUCCUUUUUUCGUCUCUAUUUUAGUUUGGUCAGGGCGUGAGUUGGGAUGGGCAUUCUAUGUGUUGUUCUAUGUUUUUGAAUUUCUGUGUUUGGCCUGGUAUGGUUCCCAAUCAGAGGCAGCUGUUUAUCUUUGUCUCUGAUUGAGAACCAUACAUAGGCAGCCUGUUUUCCCACUAUGAUUUGUGGGUAGUUGUUUUCUGUCUCUGUGUCUGCACCAGACAAAACUGUUUCGUUUUCGUUCGUUCUCUUGUUAUUUUGUUUUUGUGUUCAGUGUAAAUAAAUAUUAACAUGCACAUGUACCACGCUGCAUAUUGGUCCGAUCCUUCCUACUGAAAACCGUUACAGUUGUCUUCUUCUUCUUAAGGGGAAAGUAAUUUAAAAAGUAACUGAAUGUAAUCCGAUUACAUUACUGAGUUUGGGGUAAUCCAAAAAUUACGUUACUGAUUACAAUGUUGGACAGGUAAGUAGUAAUUGUAACGGAUAACAUUUAGAAAGUAACCUACUCUACCUUGCAUACUCUAGUGUAGUAGACAAUCAAGCAUACAUAUCAUAUUAAAUUACUAUUUUCAUUCUUAACGGAAUUAUAUGCAUGCACCCAAUUUGACUCAGACUAUUUUUAAAAAAAAAUCUUCUUUAAAUGUUUUUUGACUCUUGAUUUGUUUGACGGUUGUUAUGGCGGUUGCCAAGGGCUCUGCUGAAUCGGGAGGUCGACUCUCCACCACUUACAUAGAGGCCAGGGAAAUCUCAGCGGAAAUAGAAGCUUUCACCGUGGAGUCGCUAUGCCAUCAGAACGUGCAAGGCUUCUUCGGAGGCCUUUGCCCCCUAAAAAGAAUCCCCCCAUUGUGAAAUCACUUCCUUCGCCUAUACUUUCAGGUACAAUCAUAGACUCAUUGCCCUCAACAGAGAGAAUGGAUCUGAAGGACAGUGCCACCGGGUGGAGUGAGUCAAGCUGCCACAUGCUUCCUCUUUGGGACUAUGACCCUGCAGCCUUUAGGGUGGCUCCCACUCCUCUGACCUCGGUCCCAUCCAUGCUAAUACCUGAAAUAAUUGAGGGAUUCCCCUGUAAACGUCCACGCACUCUCCCCAAAAUCCCCCUCCUCGACCUCCUCAAGACAGACCCCAGAUACAUCCCCUUUCCCCCUAGUUUUAGCUUCAAUGACUUUCUGCGGAACCCUAAUGGCGGCUGUGGGGCUCAGUCACUAGAGGGCCUGAAGAAAGUGGCACUGUCUCGCUGCAACUACAGGAAGCUGGUUGGGCUUUUCCUGAUGGAGCUGCACAAAGGGCAGCAGACUGAGGUGUCCAAGCAGCUGAUGUCCACUGAGAAAUUGCCAGAGGCCAAGAGCAGGAUCCCACAGAAGCAAAUCAUAUGCGAGCUGGCAGCAUUGAUCCGUAUGGAGGUGCAAACUCAGAUGAUGUGUCGGCGGAGCUGUUUGGGAGAUGGGACCUGCAGAUCUGAACAGAAGUCUGUGGAGAUAUGGGUACCCCCAGGGGAAAGACAAGCUGUUCAGAAGCAGGAAAAUCUAUACCUAGGAACGGAGGUGAUCCUGAACUCUGUGACUACCAAGCACUUCCAGGGCUCUCGGCGGACCCACUCCCCGUUCAGGCACUCUGGAGAGGGCAUCAACCCAUCUGAGCUGGCCAUACUGGACUGUCUGACAGAGGGGGGCAAGGCACUCACCCUGAAGGCCCACUUCAUUGCCCUGCUUCCUGAUCUGACUCCUCUGGCCCAGAGCCUGCUCUACCUCAACCUGUCCUUCAAUGACUUCACUAUCUUCCCAGUGGAGGUGUAUGAGCUCACACAGUUGGAGGUGCUGAAGAUGAGAGACAACCCCAUAGAGGAGAUUCCUACCGGCAUCCACAGACUCACCAGGCUCAAAACCUUUGUCAUCUCCUUCUGCAAGAUCACCUCCCUGCCGUCAGAAUCUGAGUCCUGUGCUGUUGGUCCUACCUACAGGCUGUACCAGCUGCCCACCCUGCAGUUUCUAGAUGUAUCCUACAACCUUCUCUCAUCCCUAACAAAUGACAUCAGAAAACUCAGGACUCUGGAGUACCUGAAUGUGGAGGGGAACCAGCUGCCUGGCCUGCCCUGUGGGGCCCUGCGCCUCUCCCUGACCCAGCUCAGGAUCUCCAACAACUACAUGCACCCCUACUUUUGGAAGAGCUGCAGCUGGAACUCUCCCCAGGAUCUGCAACACUCAGCCACUAUGACCCUCUCUCUCACAGACACCUGUCUGCGCUACGCCAGCCUUCCCCCUGAGGCACAGAUGGCCCUUAGCAGGGUGGGUGUUUGUGACUGCUGUAGGGGUCCUAUGUACGGACCUGGACUCAAGGUAAUCCGGCCCUGCUACAAUAUCUUCGGACUACACAGGGUGCCCUUCGUCUUCUAUGCCUGCACCCCAGCAUGCCACUGGAACUUCAAGAUCCAGACCAAGAGUCUCUCCAGUCUUCUGUAUGGAGAAGACACAACUCACAAUAGUGAACAACUAACAUGACUAUGAAGGAACCAAUACUGAGGCUACUAUAUCUUGGCCUUAAUAGCCAAAGACCUCUGAAUAUCUAUCUCAUCAGCUCUACUAAUCUUGUGCCAAAUUGUAACCUUACUGAUGUCUACUGAUGUCACUGUCUUUAUAUAGCCUUGAGUAGUUGUCUGCAAAACAUGUAUUUUGCACAGCAAGUGCAUGUGAAAACUCCCAUAAUUAUGGCACUUUUAAUGUCUUUAAAUUUUCCAUUGACCUCCAAUUAAAAUAAAGUAUUUCUGAAUACUA